AUGCCCGAGUCCAAGCAGAUUGGCCAGCAGUACGGCCAGGUCCGACACGCCAUCGACGUCGAUGCGCUCAACGCCUACAUCAAGAAGGACGUGCCCGCCAUCGCCGGUCCCGUCGACGUCAAGCAGUUCUCGUACGGUCAGAGCAACCCUACCUACGUCCUUUUCGACCAAAACCAGAAGCGCUAUGUGCUGCGCAAGAAGCCCCAGGGCGAGCUCAUGUCGGCCACGGCGCACGCCAUCGAGCGCGAGUACCGGAUCCUCAAGGCGCUCUCCAACUUCAACAAGACGCUUCCCGCCAACAGCGCCGACGCCGUCCCCGUCCCCGAGGUCUUCUGCCUCUGCGAGGACAAGGGCAUCGUCGGCACCAACUUCUACAUCAUGGAGUUCAUCCAGGGCCGCAUCUUUGCCGACAUCCGUAUGCUGCCGCUGCCCAAGGACGAGCGGAGGCAGUGCUGGUUCUCGGCCAUGCGCACCCUCGCCGCGCUCCACCGCCUCGACCCGAGCCGCGUCGGCCUCGCCGACUACGGCAAGGACCGCGACUUUUACACGCGCCAGAUGAAGAGCCUCGGCAAGGUCUCGAGCAUCCAGGCAAAGGCAAAGGACCGCAAGACGGGCCAGGAGACGGGCGAGGUGCCCGGCAUCGACCGCUUCCUCCAGUGGUUUGCCGCAAACAUGCCCAGCGACGAAAACACCCUCAUCCACGGCGACUACAAGAUUGACAACCUCAUCUUCCACCCGACCGAACCGCGCGUCAUCGGCCUGCUGGACUGGGAACUUUCGACGCGGGGCCACCCGCUAUCGGACCUGGCCAACCUGCUGCAACAGUUCUCGCUACCCUGCUCGAACCCGGCGGGGAUCAACGACGAGGGCGAGGUGGACCGGGCGCGGGAACGCGGCGAGCUCCUCCUGGCGCUGGGCGACCUGCCGCGCGACGUGUCGCCCGUGCCGACAAAGGACGAGCUGAUCCGCGUCUACUGCGACGCCGUGGCGCGUCCCUUUCCCAUCCCGUCGUGGGAGGCCGCAGAGAGCUGGGCCUGGUUCCGCCUCGCCGUCAUCACCCAGGGCAUCGCGGCGAGAAACGCCCAGGGACAGGCAUCGUCGGCCCAGGCCCAGGCGUACGGUUCCAAGUUCCCGCACUGCGCCAAAGCCAUGUUCCAGAUUGUCGACAAGGCCAACGCCGGCGGCGGCGCGCCCAAGCCCAAGCCCAAGCUCUAG